ACGCGGAAAGAUUCAGAAACAGAACGACUCAGUUAUUCUCUUCCCCGAGACCGAGUCCGACUCGGUGGGUGAAGAAGGCCAACUCAGUAAUCCUUCCUUUACAAUUUACAGAUACACCAUUUAACCAUUUUCCCCGCACACAAAACACAGACACUGACACACACACACGCGCACUUCUCUCACUACACACACGAGGGAGAGAUAGAGAGAGAAGCAUCAGUGUCAGGAGGCCAAGACGCAACGUGCAUUUCCCAAUAGGACGGGCACCGUCGCGCUGUUUUCACUUUCCGGCGGUUUUUGGAUCCGUCGUCGUCGUCUUCUUCAUUCAGGUGGUUGAGAAUCCCAAGACACAGAGCUGGAGCCGCUACAAGAUCCCAAGCAAUUGAAGGCUCAGCCCGCCGCCGCCACCGCCAACGGUCAGAUCCGGUACCGAUCGCCGUCCUCCGCCGAGCUCUUCGACGGCCAGGGCAAUAGCAGCAACUCUCCGCCGUCUCACGCCGCCGAUCAGCAGUCGCCGGAGUUUGAGUCUAGCAAAAUGCUGAAGCGCUCUGGCCGCCAGGAGUCUCUCUCCGAUAAGAUCUAUAGGUUCCGAGGGACGCUCCUCGUUGUAGCGAUCCCGAUUGUUCUGAUCACAUUCGUUCUCUACGCCAUGCCGUCGAGCUCCUCCAACGAGUCGGUCGGUGAUUACGCCCUCGUUAGCCGGAAAAUGUCCCCGGACAGGACAUCUGGGGGUUCCUUUGCCGUCAUAUUUGACGCCGGCAGCUCCGGCAGCCGCGUGCACGUCUUCCAUUUCGAUCAGAACCUAGAUCUCGUUCACAUUGGCAAAGACCUCGAGCUUUUCGUGCAGAUUAAACCGGGUUUGAGUGCGUACGCUCAGAAUCCGCAACAGGCAGCGGAAUCUCUGGUUUCUCUUUUAGAUAAAGCGGAGAGUGUUGUUCCUCGUGAAUUGCGAUCCAAGACACCCGUUCGAGUUGGGGCAACUGCGGGUUUGAGGGCUUUGGAAGGGGAUGCAUCUGAUAGGAUAUUGCAAGCGGUAAGGGAUUUGCUAAAGGAUAGAAGCAGCCUGAAAUCUGAGUCGGAUGCGGUCACAGUGCUGGAUGGAACACAAGAAGGUGCUUAUCAAUGGGUUACUAUUAACUAUCUAUUGGGAAACUUGGGAAAAGAUUUUUCGAAGACUGUGGGGGUAGUUGAUCUUGGAGGUGGAUCUGUUCAAAUGGCAUAUGCCAUCUCAGAAACAGAUGCUGCCAUGGCUCCAAAAGUACAAGAUGGAGAGGACCCAUAUGUCAAGGAGAUGUUCCUUAGGGGAAGGAAAUACUACCUCUAUGUUCACAGUUACUUGCACUAUGGUUUACUAGCUGCUCGUGCUGAGAUUUUAAAGGUUUCCGAUGAUGCUGAAAACCCUUGUAUCUUAUCUGGCUAUGAUGGAUCUUACAAAUAUGGAGGAAAGUCAUUUAAGGCUUCAUCCUCCCCUUCUGGGUCAAGCUUAAAUGAAUGCAAAAGUGUAGCUUUAAAGGCUCUCAAUGAGUCAACAACAUGUACACAUAUGAAGUGCACUUUUGGUGGGAUAUGGAACGGUGGAGGCGGGGAUGGACAGAAAAACCUUUUUGUUGCUUCCUUUUUCUUUGACCGGGCUGCUGAGGCUGGUUUUGCUGAUCCAAACUCACCAGUUGCAAUAGUUCGUCCUGCGGAUUUUGAGGAUGCAGCUAAGCAAGCUUGUCAGACAAAACUUGAGAAUGCCAAGUCCACUUAUCGACAUGUUGAUGAUGGGAACCUUCCGUAUAUUUGCAUGGAUCUUGUAUAUCAGUAUACGCUGCUUGUUGAAGGAUUUGGCAUAUAUCCAUGGCAAGAGAUUACAUUGGUGAAGAAACUUAAAUACGAUGAUGCCCUUGUUGAGGCAGCAUGGCCCCUAGGCAGCGCCAUAGAAGCUGUAUCAUCUACUGCGUAACAUCACAAGGAUCAGCACUCGUACAACUUGAUCAGAAAUCUUGUGAGACGAGUUUUAUCACAAGUAUUUUGUGGUGAAAUACUGUCAUUCAUCGUGAUCAGAGAUUACGUUGAGGCUAAUUGAGAUUGCAUAUGGGUCUUCGUUUCAGGAAUAAUGGAAGAUUAUAGCUUCAUUAUUUUUCAGAUGUAAUUAAUUCACAAUAUAUCUGAUUUACGGCUCUGGAAGAUUCAUUCGAUUCAUUUAGUGUUUCUAUAUAUGUUGUCAAGAGAUGAACAAAAUGGUGAUACUUAACACCAUUUCAUUUUUGUUUCUAUUAAUGAUUUCAUUCUCGAUAAUAGUUAACCGUUUGUUAC